AUGCCUCCUGCUCGUCGCCGGGGCGGCAACACCGCCGCCCGCUCCCAGCAGUCGACGCUCUCCUUUGGCGGCCAGUCGCGAGUCACCAAAUCGUCUGCCGCUCCCCCCUCGCAAAGCAAGAAAGCCAAAGACUUGGAGCCCGCUGUUGCAGCCUUGUCGAAGAAACCCUCUCUCGAAAGCGUCUCCGAACCGGAACAGUCCCCUGUCACCCCCACAGAGCCCUCCCAGCCGCAUGUGGCGGAGCUUGCGGUCCGACACCAAGCCCAGGCGGAAAUCCAAGAACCGCUCUCCGCGGAGGAUCAGAGAGCUAAGCGACUGACGGAGAAAGACUUGCAACGAUAUUGGAAGAACGAAGAAUCGAAGCGGAGAAGCCCAUCCGUUCACCACGAGCAUCUCUCCCUUGACGAGAAGAUCCUGCGACAUUUUGAUCUGUCUAGCCAAUAUGGACCAUGCAUUGGAAUCGCCCGUCUGAAGCGAUGGAGACGGGCGAAUUCGUUGAAUCUGAACCCUCCGAUCGAGGUUCUGGCCGUGCUGUUGAAAGAAUCCAAUGCGACUCACCAACGAGCAUAUGUGGACGAGCUGAUGUCUUGA